AUGGCCAACUACCUCGCAUCCAUCUUCGGUACCGAGCAGGACAAGGUCAAUUGCUCCUUCUACUACAAGAUUGGCGCCUGCCGUCACGGCGACCGCUGCUCCAGGAAACACGUCAAGCCGUCGUACUCGCAGACUAUCCUGCUGCCCAACCUCUACCAGAACCCUGCGUACGACCCCAAGAACAAGAUGAACCCGCAGCAGAUGCAGAUGCACUUUGAUGCAUUCUACGAGGACAUCUGGUGCGAGCUGUGCCAGUAUGGACUUGUUGAGGAGUUGGUUGUUUGCGAUAACAACAAUGACCAUCUCAUCGGCAAUGUCUAUGUCCGAUUCAAGUACGAAGAAGACGCGCAAAAAGCCUGCGACGCCCUCAACUCGCGCUGGUAUGCUGGUCGUCCCAUCUACUGCGAACUCUCUCCCGUGACCGAUUUCCGCGAAGCCUGUUGUCGUCUGAACAGUGGCGAAGGCUGCGUCCGCGGCGGCUUCUGCAACUUUAUUCAUCGCAAGGAACCAACGGCUGAGCUGGACAGGGAGCUGGACAUGUGCACGCGCAAGUGGUUGAAGGAGCGUGGCAGGGACGCGAGGAGUAUGUCAAGGAGUCCUACACCGCCUGCGACGAAGAACAGGUUCUAG